AUUCCUAUAACGAGAAAGGAAAAAGCGGAGAAGAAAAUUGCAGUGCGUGUGUUUUACCCGCGCGGACAAUGGUUUCUAAAAUCCGUACACGCACCGUAACCAUGAAUAAUUUUGUUCGUGCUGUGCGCUCUGCUGGGCGCCAAAAGCUGUGCACUUUCGAUCGUUCUAAAACGUCUACAUCUACGGCGGAUAACAUCCCGUUUACACACCGCAUAAUAUUCGAUAGUCAUUGAGCGUCAACGCGGAGAUUUACUCUUUCGUUUUAAAACAUGCUCGUUUUCAACAGGUUGUAUUAUAAUGUGGAAUUCAACGCGUACCUCUCUCUUUCGCCGUGUUUUGACAAGGAAUUUGAGGUAGCUUUGCACACUGUAAGGCCAACGGUGAUUGAAAUCCAUACUGACAGAGUGUCAAGUGUAUGGCGGGCUACUAAUGCUUCACUUGAGGAUUUAAACCUUUGUCUUAACCUCAAUGGUUAUUGGAAUGAUAUAUACCAAUGAUGGAUAUAAUAACACCCGGUGACGAAUCAGCAGAACAGUGUCCUUGAGCUUGCACCAUAAUGUCGUAAAAGUAACGGAAGAUGGUGCCAUGUUACCAGAUAAUUCGAUUCCGGAAAAAUACGAAGACGGAUGAUAAUGAACAGAGGGAGUAAGGGACAGAUUGCGCUGUGCUUUAAAUGAUCCCUCCGGACUUUGCCUUCACGUCUCCUAGAUAUAUUAUAAUGUAUCUUAGGGAGCAGAAUCGUAGAUCGGAUUUAAUUUGAUCGAAGAUUUAUCGCACAAAAUCGACAAUGACCACGUUCGGAUACAUGGAGGCAAACUCGAUGGCGUGGCUGGUGACGAUCCCAGCGGUCGCCGUCGAGAACCUUGUCGCCCUCGUCAUCAUAUCUUCGCGUAAACGUUGGAAGAGCCCCGAUGUCCUCCUCUUCUCCAUCACCCUCGGUCACCUCCUGUCUUUGCUCCUACCUCUCCUCCUCUACGCAGUCAUCACCUUCACCAAGACCCCGUGGUCGGACGGUUCAUGCAAGUUCUUAGUCUGGUGCGUCAUGAGUUUCCGCAUCGUCGGCGCGGUCAACAUCGCUUUCAUCUCGCUAGAUCGGGUCUGGACGCUGAAAUGGCCGAGCUCGUACCGCUCCCAUAACUCCUCCCGUCAGACGGCCCGCACCGCCGUCUUCAUGUGGCUCUUCGGUGUGGCCAUCGGGACGAUUCCACUCAUCAGCUGGAGCAACCUGGAAGUCAACCAGACCUGCAGUUUGGUUCUCAACAUCGCAGGGUACGGCUACGCCAUGUGCAUUGUCAUCAUCAUCCUAGGUAGCGUGAUCAUUAGUACUGGUUGUAUAUGUACCAUCGUGGUCAACGUCGCGUUCGUUUGGCCUCUGCUUGAAGAAUCGUCCGAUCCCAAAGACACUAUCCCUCAUAUCGUCAUCGAGAGCGAAACGGGUGAGAGGACAUCGGCGGUGGUUGGGUCAAGGGACUCACAGAACAAACAGAUUUACUACCUCGUGUCGACAGUGGUCGUGUUAUAUUUCUGUAUUAAUGGAUUGCCUUUUGUGGUUAUCAACAUUAUUGCCUUCACGGAGGACGUCCCCUCGUAUUGGAUGUCGGUUACGAUAUCGUGGUGUAGCGUAGUAUCGGCCUUUCUUCACCCACCUCUCCUUGUUCUCCUGUGUAACCGAUACAAAAAGGUUUACGUGAGGUUCUUCCGAUAUAUCGGCGAGAGCUGCGGCUGCACCCAUGUCACACCAGCGAGACCUAGUUUGAACGGUAUCACACGCCAAGAGACAUUCGAUUCAUUAGAUGACUUCUCAUCCGAUGAAGACGACAAGCUUCACUUCCCAUCCCCUGAUUGGUCGGACAGAUCAUUCACAGGAUCGUUCGAGGAGACACCGGGUCCAAGCUCGCAGCCUACCAUCGAAGUGACUGCACCAACUACGACCAACUUUCAGACCGUCACCGUUGUCGAACACUCGCAGGUCGUCCAGAAUGGAAAAAUACCACCGAAGAAAUCUCAAAGAACUCCAUUGCAAAGUGGAAAGUAUACGCCCAAGAGUUCUCCAGAUGCAGUCUCGCCGACCAAAACAGGAGUUGAGUAUGACAAUGCUGCGUUUGUCGUUGAGGAUGAGAACAAGAAGGGGAAAAGCAAAAAACAACGAAGUCCAAAGCUAACCCCAGAACAGAAGAGGGCAAUCUGGCAGGGCCACAAGGGCGCCAGGAAGAGGCUUGAGGCUUUGAAACAGGCCAGUGCAGAAAGGGGUUCUUCUUCUCACUCGUCGAAAGGGAAAAAGACCCGGAGCAAGACUCGACAGGAAAAACGGGAGAAGGAUGCGGAUAAUAUUAUGAAAGACAGUAUACCCAAUAAGAACAAGCACAAGCGACUUGAAAGAAUCUCAACAAGGCAACAUUCUUUGGACAGUUUAACAGUUCCAACCAAAAGGAGAGCUCCCAUGUUAUCGUCGAGAUCGUUUGAUCAGCCUGAUAAUAUAGUGACUAUAAAAGUCGACAUUGAAAACAACGAUCGUCAAAACAAUUUUACAGAUUUCUUACGGGAAGACAAGGAAAAAUCCUUAAGUGUGAAACCUGUAAAAUCAGAGGGAGAGACCUCACGUGGCAAAAAGAAGCGUAAAAAGCCUGAAAAGAAAGAAGACCGGACUGGGAGGAAAGAAAACUUCAAGAAGGACAACCUCGACACUAAACUACAAAGGGACCAGAAACUCACAGUUAGCCCGAAUAGCUCCCCAAGUGCACACGAGAGACGAAAAACAGACGGUAAUUCUCUACGUGGGCCGCGUUUUGAAAUUUCCCGUGAAAACUACAACUCUGAUUUCUCCAGCUUCGGCUCAGGUGAGCUUUAUGAUAUACCUGAGGAAUCGCCAGAAGAAAUAUUGGUUGAAAGUUCAGGAUGGAGUCCGUCGACCGUUCGAGCAAUCAGGACGCAACAUAGAAACGAAUUGGAGCCCACAAGUGAUGGUAAAAACCGUGAUGGAAAUACUGUACCAAGAAAACAUAAGGAAAGGGAGAGACCGAGACAAAGGAGUAAGUUGGAUCUCACGGAGCCUGGCCUUCAAGUAAAAGAUAAACGACCAACAAAAGGCUUGCUGAGCAGGCAACUCUCCCAAGAUCACUCUAGGACUCCGGAAGUGAAUUUGAUAGAAAUGACGGAACUUAAGAAACCAGGUUCCAUUGAAAAUAUACCAUUCGGUCAUUUGCAUGAUAACAACGACGAAAUGUCCUUCAACGAAUAUAAAGCUGUUGCAGAGACUGCAGUGGAUGCUGACCAAUCGAAGUAUUACACAUCGGGAGAUCUCCAAGAAACGCAUGUGAAGCAAGGUGAUUAUGGAGUUGAACGAGAACAUUCGAUUCUUGAUGAUCGCCCGACAGAUCUUCCCGCAGAUGCUGGACAUCUUAGGGAAGAAGCGGAACAUCGUGGGUUUACACUCCAUACCCAAGCAUGGGCAUCGCUUAAUUCUCCGCCAGGAAAGACACUGACUGAGCUAGAAGAGGUCCCUUCCGAACAGAAAGGACACUUGAGCAAGAGUAGGUCAACUGGGGAUCGCCCCUCAGCAAAAGACUUGAGGGAACGGUACCGGAAAUCGCAUCUAAGUAUGGCAGCCAUAUUCGAAAGUAUCCAGGAUGAUUCACAGGAAGUUGUAUACCUUUGAAAAUAAGAUAUUACGUAAAGAAGAUAAUUAUACGGAUGUUUUAUUAUGAUUGUCAUUAAGCAGUUAUCUAAAUAAGUUUCCUUUACUUUGGAAAGCCUGUCCGUUCUCUAACAGUUUUUAUUCGUGUGAACAAGACGAAAUACUGUACCUUACAAACUUUACAGAGAUCGCACAGACAUACGGUUAGGGAAUUACCGAUUCAGGAUGAAAACCUUUCCGACUUCUUGUCGAAAAACAUUCUACACGAUGUAAAAGAAGGUAACAUAGCCAAUUGUAAGCUCAUUCAGCGCAUGCAUAUAAACGCGACCACACUCCGUGCUUUGGGGUUUUAAUGACAUUCAGACGAAAUGUCAUUGGAUAAAAGAAGAUCGGAAGAUGGUGGCAUAGACAAAGGCCAGGGAAUAUUUACACAUUUUAAUGAAAUUGCGGGAAUCGAGUGUAGCGUGCAUUGAUUUUCAUUGUUCACAGAUGAGACCCUUUAACGUAAACUCUCUAAUAUCUAGAAUACUUCUUAGCAAUUUAUGCGUGCAAGCAUUCUUUCCAUAAUCUUGCCUUGAUCUAAACGUGAUGUUAAAUCGAUUUUGUUAAAAGUCCAACUCAAAUUACGUGGCUCGGAAGUAAUUUCAUUGUACAAUUAAAGUAUUGUCUAUCCACCCUUCAGCUAAGGCUGUAAUGCAAGGCGUUGCUCCCUAGGAAACGAGCUUGUGAUUACUUUUUUUAAAAGAAACUUAUACCAUGGUCACAUUUGCUCUACGGCGAGUCGCAAACAGUCGUUUUAUUAAUUUUUACUAAAACCACCUAUAUGUAGCUGGUACAAACAAAUGUUAAAAUGGCUGUUUCCGACUCGCCGUACGGCUGCCGUAGAACAAAUGUGACCAAGGUAUUAAUCGUGUUGGCAAAUGCAUCGAUCGACCUCAUUGUUGAAGAGUAAAACAUUUGAACAUUUUAUGUGGGUGGAUAAUACCGGUAUAUAUAUCGCCAACUAAUAACAAGUGCAGAUAUCAUGACUAUAUUCGAUGUUUUGUUCAAAGUAUUAACUGGAUGAGAUUAUGAGUACAAUAUUUUGAGAUAUUCAGUUUUGUUCCUACAAACUAUUACUUUGGUAGAUAUAGUUACGUUACUUGGUGUUCAUCUAUCAUUAACGUGAUUGGUAUCGUUUUCUAAGGCGUUAGAGAAUGGUUCCGCUAUAUACCUAAUUCAAAAUUCAGCGCCAAUACGAAAACUUACCAACGCUAACACCACCACCAACGUAACCUUAACAUGAAUCAUUGGCGGCGGAAGCCAAAAAAUUUAGGGGAGGGGUGGGGUCCACCUGAAAUUUUGGGAUAGGCACAGGUAAAAAAUUUGAAAAGCAAAAAAAAAAAGGUUAGUAACCAAAAUUUUAGGGGGACCACAAAAUUUUAGGGGGGGUCGACCUGAAUGGGGGGGGGGCGCAGGAAACAAAAUUGACAAUCAAAAACAAAAGAAACAAAAAAGUUUAUCAACAAAUAAUUUUUU